ACUCUAUACCCUAUUUCCCUUCAAUUUUUUUUCCCCCAUCACUAAGACAAAAGUGGGAAAGUAAAAGGCACAUGUCGAGCUCAGGUGUCUGAUUAACACGUAUUACUUCUUCUGUGCUCUCCACGCGCCUCCUUCUUUCCCCACACGCCCUCCUCCUCCUCCUCCUCCUCCUCCUCCUCCUCCUCCUCCUCUCUAUCUUAUUUCAUUUUCGUUUCCUUUCCUCCUAAAUUUCUCAAACCCUCUCUUUAAAUUCUCUUCUAGCUUUUGUUUUCUGACUCAUAUCGAAUCCUGAUCGCCUGACGAGUUAUUGAAGGAAAUUUUUAUGUUGACUUUGACUCUCAGAAUCUCCUUUCCUAAAAUCAAGAAGAUGGGAUCGAAAACUCCUUCCACAUCCGAUGAUGAUCCACAUGCUUCUGUUGACCAAAGGUCUAGAAAAGGCAAAGUACCUAAAAGGAUAAACAAGGCUGUUAGGGAGAGGCUUAAACGCGAGCACUUGAAUGAGCUUUUCAUUGAGUUAGCCGAUACACUUGAAAUGAUUCAGCAGAACAGUGGGAAAGCCUCCAUACUGUGUGAAGCUACUAAGUUUUUGAAGGACGUGUUUGGUCAAAUUGAGUCCCUUAGAAAGGAGCAAACUGCUCUCCUCUCUGAAUCUAACUACUUAACAACAGAGAAGAAUGAACUCAAGGAAGAAACAUCAGUACUUGAGACCGAGAUCUCAAGACUACAUUCCGAGAUAGAAGCAAGAGUGAACCAGUCAAAACCUGACUUGAACACGUCCCCUACGCCUGAGUACCAUCAUCAACAGUAUCCCCAACUUGCGUCUCAGUUUUCAGGACUACCCAUUUUCCAAGGCGCCGGCUUUCAACAAUCUUCUGCAACUCCUCCUGGUGCCACGGUUAUUCUCCUUCCAAUGCAUCCUGAUCUCCAGACACAAGAUACUUCAGACUUGACAGGGCACCUGCAGACACAAGCGCCAACGGUGAUGUAUAAUAGCUCAAAUGUUAGUAAGCCAUGCCCAAGGUAUGCUAACGCUGCUGACUCAUGGCCUUCUCGGCUACUUGGAGAGCGGCUGAGAGUUAGCGAAUGAGUCUUAGGAGGGCCUCACAAGGAAGUAGGCGGGAAAACAAAGACAAUGGCAACUUGUGAAGAACCCUUGGGUUUUGGUAUGUAGCAUCCUCUAGUGUCCUUGUGGGUUUGGCCUUAGCCAUAACUUGUUUUGUAAUGGUUUGUUUAUAGGAUCAGAAAAGUUGUGGUCCUUUGAGAAAAAUAACGAAAAUAAUUGGCUAUAACCUAAUGGUUAAGGUUUAAAGGUUUCUACACCCAA